AAAAUAUAUCGAAGCUAGGGUUCAAGCCUCAAACUCAAGGUCUCAGCAGAACAGAAUACGGAGGCAGAAGCAACUAAAAGAAAAGCAAGAAAAGAGAGAAGUAAGAAACAGAGACAAAAUGAUGAAUAAGAAGGCAAUAUUGAAACUAGCAAAAGGGUUCAGGGGAAGAGCCAAAAACUGCAUAAGAAUCGCCAGAGAAAGAGUUGAGAAGGCCUUGCAAUAUUCAUAUAGAGACAGACGCAACAAGAAGCGAGACAUGCGCUCCCUCUGGAUUCAACGUAUAAAUGCUGGCACUCGUCAACACGGAGUUAACUAUGGUAACUUUAUGCAUGGGUUACUGAAGGAGAACAUCCAACUGAACAGGAAAGUUCUGUCAGAAAUAGCAAUGCAUGAACCUUAUAGUUUCAAGGCCCUUGUAGACGUCUCUCGGGAGGCUUUUCCUGGCAACAAAAACAUUGUGCUUCCUCCCAGAAAGGCGAACAUUCCAAUAAACGUGUAAAACUAUUCAUUUGGAUUACUCAUACUUAGAUUACCUUUUACUGCAUGUCUAAAUCAAAACGAUAAGGGACUUCACAUCAUUGCAAAUGGAAGUUUACCUGAUGUGAGUGAAUAUCUGGUACAUGUUAUUGAUGAAUUUCGUUAGGUUUCUGGAUGUUGGAUUUAAUGGAAUCUCCUUGCCAAAGGUUUGAUGGUUGA